GGUCACAAUAAGAAGAAGGGUCUGUUACCCGUUCGGAGCGAUCGGCAUGAGGCUCCGCCAACAGUGAUUCAGCCAGCUGCCUACUUGUGGACUUUUAUCUUUGCCAUCUCAGGACUCUGCCCUUCCCAAGAGAGGAACCAGAAGGAGGACCCAUCAGCCCAUGAAAUUCUUAAAGUCAUGUCCCUUGAGUCAGACCUGUUCAGGGACGUGGCUGUGGUCUUCUCCCGAGAAGAAUGGGAACGGCUGGCGCCCGCUCAGAGGGUUUUGUACAGAGACGUGAUGCUGGAGACCUACAGCAACCUGGUCUCACUGGGUCUUGCCAUCUACAAACCUGACGUGAUCUCCUUCCUGGAGCAAGGAAGAGAGCCCUGGCUGGUAGAGGAAACGGCAGGAAGAGGCCGGUGUCCAGUCUCGGAGUCCAAGUGUGAUAGCCAGGCGUCCUCCCCAGAGCAGCACAUUUAUGAAAGACAGUCGCCACGGUGGGAGAUAAUGGAAAGCCUUGCAAGUUACGGUCUUGAGUGCUCCAGGUUCCAGGAUGAUUGGGAAUGCAGAAGCCAGUUUGACGGACAACAGGGAAAUGUGGAUGGACAGCUGAGUCAAAUGGUGAUCAAUCGUGAAGAAACACCCACUUUAAACCAACAAGCAUCCUUUCCUUUUUAUCAGAAAAUUCAUCCUGAAGAAAAACCUUAUGGAUAUAACGAAUGUAGAAAAGACUUCUGGCAGGAAGACUUCCUUAUUAAUCAUCAAGACAUUCAUGCUAAUGAGAAACCCUAUAAAUGUAAGGAAUGUGGCAAGGCCUUUAAAUACGGCUCGCGACUAAUUCAACAUGAGAAUAUUCAUUCUGGCAAGAAGCCCUAUGAAUGUAACGAAUGUGGAAAGGCCUUCAAUUCCGGCUCAAAUUUCAUACAACAUCAGAGAGUUCAUACUGGUGAGAAACCUUAUGAAUGUAAGGAUUGUGCAAAGGCCUUUAGCCGAAGCUCACAGCUGAUUGAGCAUCAGCGAAUUCAUACUGGUGAGAAGCCCUAUCAAUGUAAGGAAUGUGGCAAGGCCUUCAACAGGAUCUCACAUCUUAAAGUACAUUAUAGAAUUCAUACUGGUGAAAAACCCUAUGCAUGCAAGGACUGUGGGAAGACCUUUAGUCAUCGGUCUCAGCUGAUUCAACAUCAGACUAUUCAUACGGGCAAGAAACUCUAUGAAUGUAAGGAAUGUGGGAAGGCCUUUAACCAAGGCUCAACUCUUAUUAGACAUCAGAGAAUCCAUACUGGCGAGAAACCCUAUGAAUGCAAGGCGUGUGGGAAGGCCUUCAGGGUGAGCUCACAGCUUAAGCAACAUCAGAGAAUUCACACUGGAGAGAAACCCUACCAAUGCAGGGUCUGCGGUAGGGCUUUCAAACGGGUCUCACAUCUUACUGUACAUUACAGAAUUCAUACGGGGGAGAAGCCGUAUGAGUGUAAGGAAUGUGGGAAGGCCUUCAGUCACUGCUCACAACUGAUUCAGCAUCAGGGGAUCCAUACUGAGGGAAAGUCCUGUGAAUAUAAGGGACGUGGGAGGACUUUACAUUGCGAUUCAACUGCUGGCCAACAUCAGAGAAUGCGUAAGAAGGAAAGCCAAAGGAAUAUAAUAAAUGUAGAAAAGCCUUCCAUCAGCACUUAUCCUUUACUAAUCAUCAGAGAGUUGAUGUUAGCAAGCAGCCAUAUCAGUGGAAGCAAUGGGGAGAGCCCAUUAGCUUAGGCAAGGCCCAACUUACUCCUUAUAUUUUGGAGAAAGACUUGAAAAAUGUACUGCAAAUGGGAAUGCCUUCAUUCAAGCUGUCCUUUAUCCUGAGUCGUAAGGUUCAUAAUGAAAAAUUUUAUGGUUAUAAAUUGUUUAGACCAUGAUUAUUAAAGAAGCAAGGAAAGGUUGAAAAACAUUUGUCUCUAACAUAUUACAGGAUCACAUUUUUCAACCACACUGUAAUAAUUUUAACAACAGCCAAAAGUUUGUUGGGUUUUUUAAUAUUUUUUUAUUUUUUAAAUUUUUUUAUUUAUUCGUCUGUCAGAGAGAGUGAGCGAGCACAGUCAGAGGGAGAAGCAGGCUCCCCGCUGAGCAAGGAAUCCAAUGCAGGACUUGAUCCCAAGACCCUGGGAUAAUGACCUGAGCCGGAUGCAGAUGCUUAACCGACUGAGCUACCGAGGCAUCCCAACAAAGGCCAAAAGUUUUAAUUUUCUUGGCGAUUAGAAAGAAAACCCAGCCAAAUUACUCUUGGGUUCAACUUUUUUUUUUUUUAAAGUAGGCACCACACCCAAUGUGCACCUCAAACUCACGACCCUGAGAUCAAGAGUCACAUGCUCUACUGACUAAGCCAGCCAGAUACCCCAUUACUCUUGGGUUAAUAAAGAAAUAAAUCAUGCAAAUUAUCAUGCAUGAUAAUGAAAAGAACUACCAUUGAGAGAUUUACAUUCCAGGAGUUGUAGGAUGUGGACAAAGUUACUCAGAAGAAUUUGUAUGGUUUUAAAAUGCAUGCAAAGCAUGAAAACCUGAAAGAUUAUCCUCAAAUGUAUUAAAUGUACUAUUCAAGAAGCCAGAAAAGACAGUCCCAAACACUAAGGCGAUGAAAGAACAAAUUGGUACAAAAUAAAAAUGAAAUUAGAAACUGGUUAUCUUACAAUAAUCUCAGUUUUUAUUUCUCCCUGACGCAAGAACAAACAAAAUUUAAG